AUGUUCUUCGUGGGUAUUAUACUAACUGCUAUUGUUGCUCCCGCUUCAGGACUUGUGUUAUCAGGGGCCGCGGUGCCUGCUUAUCAUGAGCACGAGGACGAGAAAAAUGGAAAACAUUUGAGAGGACACACUUCCGGAAGGAGAGACCAAGAAAGCCGAAGGAUGAAAGGACGCGAGCUCGUCCUUAACAGUGAAAUCAUGUCGAUAGUCGUUCCCGACAUAAAAGAAAGUAAAGUAAAAGUAGCUGAUACUUUUGCCGUGUUCAUGCUCGAGACGAGCCUGACAGAAGCCAAUCGUGCCAAGUCGUUUGACGAUGUCCGACAGAGAACAGUGGUGUAG